ACGCGGAAAGCAGAGGCGGCAGGACGAUGGGCGAGAAAAGCGCGCCUCACCAGGCCACGCCCCCUGACGCCGGCGCGCUCCCGGACGCGCGUGCGCAGAGGCGGGACCGAGGGCCUGUCCACGCGCUCCCGGAGUGGUUUUAGGGGCUGCAGGGCCGGCUUUUUCUCACGACAGGAGUCGAGGACGCGGUGCAGCAAGUGAGCCCCCGGGGCGCUGUGGCCACAUGCUGGCUUUGCGGUAGUUCACACUACUCCGUCUCGUUUCCUCGGGAGGAAACAAACGCAAAGGCUACAUCAUUUGCCCGUGAGGAACGACAGAGCCGCAGUCAGAGCUGAGAGUUCCCAGUUUACCCAGUCCUCUCUAGCGGGCCGGGAAAACAUGCAGCUUGCGAUUGCUGAUUUGACUUUUUCAAGUUCUUGAACUAUUUUCCGCCCGCCCUCGCAGGCGGCCCCGCCUCCCUGCCGUGCGCCGACUACGUGCAGCGCGUGCGUAGGCGGUCCGCGCAGGGUCGUCUGGGAGGCGGUGCUCUGGCCGCUUUGCAUUGUGGGAGAUGGAGUCCUCAUGCCCGCCUCGCUGCGGCAGAUGUGUGAGAAGUGAGAUCCUCAAACUACUGUUCCCUGGCCCCCCGGGGCUUCCCAGCUCGCUUUGCAAAGGCAUGGCGGGCAGAGCGCGGAAGUUAGCGUAGAAGGUAAUCAAAGCACCUUAAUUGAAGUGAAAAGAGGCCCAAAGAGGAGGGGACGUACACAGUGACUUUGGCCGUGCUGAAUUACCGGCGUGAAUUUGCCCACGAGUACACGUCCGGCCGGGUUUGUAGCGGGCGGCGAAGCUUUACUAACCGUCGUUGCCAUCUUCCCUAAGCGGAGCGGUUGUCUGUGAACAUGAUUUAUACUUUUCUGCGAGUUGUACAGUAUACGGAGAAGCUGCACAGAUCCGCGGGGAAGCGGUGGGUUUUGCCACCCUUUUUACUUAACAAAGCUUGCUUGAAGACUGAGCCCAGUUUGAGAUGGGGGCUGCACGAGCAGAGCAAAACGGUGCGACCUAGGCGUAUCCUUGGAGUCACCCAGAAAACCAUCUGGACGCAGGGACAGAGCCCCCAGACGGCGAAGGAGGACAGCAGCAAACAAGUGUCUGUGCACAGUCAGAGAGGGGAAACUGCCAUCUCAAUGUCACAGAAAGUGAAAGAAGCUGGAAGGGAUUUUACCUACUUGGUAGUGGUGCUUAUUGGAACCGGCAUCACAGGUGGCUUGUUUUACGUGAUUUUCAAAGAACUCUUUUCUUCAUCCAGUCCUAAUAAGAUAUAUGGUAAAGCCUUAGAAAAAUGCAGGUCACAUCCUGAGGUUAUAGGUGUCUUUGGCGAGCCUGUUAGAGGCUUUGGGGAGGUGACAAGGCGUGGCCGAAGGCAGCACGUUAGUUUUGUUGAAUAUGUGAAAGAUGGGCUGAAACACAUGCGUGUGAAAUUCUACAUCCAGGGCUCCGAGCCCGGGAAGCAGGGAACGGUGCACCUCGAGGUGAAGGAGAACCCAGAAAACGGCGAGUAUGAAUUUCGAUAUAUAUUUGUAGAACUUGAAGCCUAUCCUGGUAGAACUAUUGUCAUUGAAGAUAAUCGAUCCUAAGGUAAUGAACUCACCGGCCAGCACGCUGUCUCCUGAGGGCUUUCGCAUGGGUCGGCCCUCAGCUCAGCUCCUCAUAGCUCUUCUGGUCGAUUCUGAAUGAGACAGGAAAGCUCGGAAAAGUGAACGUGCCUGGGUAGCUGCUGGGCUUAGACAAACUGAAUUACAGAUUUUCUUGUGUAAAAAGUCAUAAAAUAGAGCAUAUUUUAUGUCAUCUUACUGAACCGUCGAUCUUGGGCAGUAUUUCUGCUCUACUUAUAUCUUUCAUCGCAAGGGACUUUUGUUAAAAAUUUUACACCGUGUAAGUAAGAAAAUAGAGUUCAGUAUUUUGUGCUUUUUAUGUUGUAUAGCUAUAUAAAAUCUGUGAAAUAAAACUAACAGAAAGAUGUGAAAA